GUGGUUGUAAUUUGGAUUGUUCCGAAGAGUGGAAGGAAGGAAAAUGGUGUCUGGGCCCUAUUGAAUUUGGUAAAACAACUUACUAUAAUGCCAUGUUUCAGUUUCUAAGUCUUAUUAGAAGUGUAAUGAUGGCAGAGGAUAUGGCUAGGGAGGGUGGUGCUGAGGCUGUAGUAGAUGGAGGCAAUAAUGGAACAAUGGAAACUGAAAUA